AAACGUCAGUUGUCCGCCCCGCCCCCCUAUCCUGUAUCCUACCCGCGGCAUAUUCAGCUGUCUCCGCCGGUUAUUUUUAGGUUAAAUUCUAAAAUAAAUUCAAGAAAGCAGCAUAGGUACUCACAUGGUUAUGAAACAAUAAGAGAGAUUCUGUCGCCUGCUGAGCGCCAGAUUAAACUGAACCAUGUCAGGCGACGUGCAACCAAGGAAGCGUAAGGAUAAGAAGAGGAAAAAAGAUGAUUUGGGAGUAGAUGAGCCGCGCGGGACGGCGGCGGCGCUUGGCGAGGGGGAUGUGUUUAUGCACUCGCAUCAUGACCAUGGCACCGGGGGGCACUGGUGUGCCAAAAUCAUAUUCUUCUCUCUUCUCUUUGUGCUGAUUGGGCUCAUUGGACUAAUUAUACUGGAAAACCGUGGCCUGUCUGAAUUGGAAGCAAAUGCAGUGCAAUCCCAAUACUCUGGUGUGCUAGAAGGUUGGCUGGAAGAUGCUCCAGAUGAUGACCACCAUGAUGAGCACACGCUGGAGCUAAAGCAUCAUGAUGUUGAUGAUGACCAUGAUGAGGAAGCAGAGCAUAGUGAAGAAGCAGAUGAUGAGGAACAUGAUGACGAUGAAGAACAUGAUGAUGAAGAAGAUGAUGAUGACGAAGAACUUGGUGAUGAAGAAAAUGAUGACCCUCAAGAUGAUGACGAAGAUGAUGAAGGUACUCAAGACGAUGAUGAAGAACAAGAAGAGAAUGAGAGUGCAGAACAGGAUUUAGAAGCUAAUGAUGAGGAAGAAGAUCUCCCAUAUAGGAAAUAUUAUCAAGAAAAUGCAGCCGAACCGGAUGACGACGAAGAUGGAGAGAAUAACGAAGAUGAACUAGAUGAUGCUGAUGAUCGAGAUGACGAGGAUGAUUUCAAAAAUGACGAAGAUAAUGAUGAUGAACCAUUUAGCAAUGAAGUCGAACAAAAUGAUGAUUCAAACGACGAUGCAGAUGGAGAAAAUAAUCAGAGUAUUGAACAGGAUGAUGAUGAUGAUGACCAGGAAGAUAAUCAUGAUAACGGAGAUAGCAAUGAACAAAAUAAUGAGGAUGAAGAAGAACACGAUGAAGAAGAGGAAGACACGUCACUAGAAGUGGAGAAGAUAGAAAAGGAAGCUCCCGAGGAUGAGGAGCCCAUCGAUGUCGAGCUGCCCGCCUUGCCUGAGGAAGAUGAUAAUGAUGAUGACGAUGAUAAGGACCAAGGAUCCGUCGAAGAUGCAGGCCAUGACGCCAACGAUGGCGAUGGCAACGACGGAGAUGACGGUGACAACGACGACGAUGACGACACCAACGAGCCCGACGAUGACUUCCUCGAGGCCGACGAUGACGAACCGCCGGUGGAACGUAUCACCGCGCCCUCUGGAAAGCCUUUCGAUGAGGUAGAGGAUGAGCCUUCAUCCGAGAAGCCGACCGACACGCUAGAAGAGGAAGAGGAGUACGAGAAGCGCCAGGAGCAGCUUCGCAAAGAGGAAGCAGAGGCCUCGCAUAUGUGGCUGAAGCUGAGCAUUGGGGGCGCCCUGCUGGUCGCCACGCACGCUAUCGUACGCCGCGCCACCGCCUCCAGUGAUGUGCCACAAUCUGAAGAUGGUAGAGAAGCGACACCCUCUGUAGACCGACGCAUGACUCUGAUUCCGGAAGAACCGUCUGAACCUGUUCCGAUUAAAAAGGUGUCACAAGAGAGUUCUCGGCCAGUGAUACCUUCUAUCACCAGAAAAUCGCCUACUUUCGAAGAAAGUGAGGAAGAAGAAGAACCUGUAACCUCUAAAGUUCAAGCAAUUAAAGAAGAAGAAAAGAAGGAACUUUAUAGCGACGAAGAGGAAGCCGAGGAGGAAGACGAAGAAGAGGAAGAACCAAUUGUUCAGAAAAAAGUAGCCCCCGCUGCGGCUAAACCACCUCCUAAGGAACCAACCCCAGAACCAGAGGAAGAUGUCCCUGACGAUGUCGAAAUAAUUGACGACGAGCAAAUCGAGGAUGAGGGUGAGGAGGAAGUGGAAGACGAGGAGGAAAUAUCAGAUGUGGACGAUGAAGAACUGCUGACGCGGCUGGAAGCCAAAUAUGGACGGCUGCCGGAACCCGAGCGACCAGCGAGACGCAAGGAUGGUGGUAACAGUAUAGAAGACGCGUGGCCGGGCGAGCCUGCCGACGCCUACUGGCGGCAGCAGCUGGACGACGCGGAGCGAGAGUUCAACCAGGGCGCUCUGAUGGCUGCGGCGGAUCGAGCGAGCGCGGCGCAGCUCAAAUCCAGUGCCCGCGCGCGUUGGAUUGUGGCCAAAUCCUUGGAUGCUGCGGCGGAGAGGAAAAGAGACAACGUGCUACUCGGACGUGCGAUAGCAGCGUACCUUGAGUUGCUUAAGAUGAACGAACGCCUGUCGAAUAAGAAACUGAUUGAAAUCGCAGAGAGAACUAUUAACAGAAUACAGUUUAGAGGCACCUACCUCAACGCGGAACCAGUGUACCGUCUGCUCAUUCGCCGGUUUCCUGACGAACCUUCACACAGGACCAAUUUAACUGUUAUGUUCCUGAUGGCCAAUAGAGGCGACUUAGCCGAAGAAGUGCUCAAAGAAACUCUCAAACGCUGGCCCAACGACCGCCUCGCCCUGGCCCAAUACGGUUUUAUACUCAAAACCCAGCACAACCGCCUCGAGGAAGCAUUAGAUCACUUACAAAAAGCCCUCGAGGGCGACACGGGCCCCGCCACUGAACCUAGAUUUUAUUAUCAUUUGGGAGAUACUUUAUUAUUGCUAGGGCGGUUCGAAGAAGCCCACGAAGUCCAUAAAAGAGGCGCAGCUCAUGGGCACUUCCUUUCACCCGCGCAGCGCUCUUUAUACAACGUUCCGAAACUAAAAAGCCGACCUUGGUGGAACGUAGAGGAAACUCCUUACAUUGAUUUGGCGCGUGACUUAGAAAAGCACUGGAAGGAAAUCUUAAAGGAGGGGGAAGCCGCGAGGGCGCUGUACGAGCAAGAGAAGGAAGGCCUGAAAGAGAGGGGGGAGUGGUCGCAGCUGGAUCUGUUCGUGCGAGGGAGGGAGAUAGAGGGGCGGUGUGCGCGCGCGCCCGUCACGUGCGGCGUGGUGCGGCGGGAGGCGGCGGCGGCCGGUUGCCGGCGCGGACAGAUCAAAUUCAGUUCUAUGCGCGCCGGCACACACGUCCGGCCACAUGUCGGCCCAACCAACUGCCGGCUCCGGAUGCACCUGGGACUCAGCAAUACCAAAGAUACUUUCAUACGGGUUCACCGGGAAACCAGGCAGUGGGAGACGGGCAAGGUGUUGAUGUUCGACGACAGCUUCGAGCACGAGGUGUGGCACAACGGCUCGGGCGCGCGCCUCGUGCUCAUCGUGGACGUGUGGCACCCCGGCCUCUCCGCCGCCGAGCGGACACAACUGCCGGCCAUUUAGGCCCGAACCAGGUCAAUCCACGGCAAAACCAUCGCGAGACAGGGUUGGUUUUGUUCAUGAUGCAAACUUAACUAUUUAUUUAUCGCUAGAUAUAUUUACACUAAUUUUGCAUUGCGAUACUUUUUCGUGGAACAAACGAAUUACCUUAACUGAAAUCUGAGAUUAAACGACAUAAUUCUAAGGACUAAUCGUGGUAUAAACUCGUUUCCUGGUUGCUCUUAACAAUAAGGAAUGUUAUGCUAAAUACUGCGUAGAGGGCGCCACUACCACAAUGCAUCACAAUCUGAGGGUCUAGCGCGAAACAAGAAAAUCGAAUUUUCAUUAUCUAACUUCUCUUAUCACUCUUGCAUAUUAAAGACGCAGAUAACUAAAUUUCGAUUUUCAAGUUUCCCGGUAGGCCCUUUGUAAACCGCCUUGAUGUAUAAGAUACUCUAUGGUUUACGAUAGGUGCUUCCGCUGCACUCUGGCGACAGAACAUUGCAGUAAUACUCCCUAUUGGUGAGACUUCACGCCGACAUGUGUCAUUUUGACAGUACAUUAUUUCGGACUGGUUAACAUUAAAUAUGGCUGCCACAACUGUCGUCUUCAUCUGUUAGUAUGAAUUAUAUCAGUUACAUUGUUAGUAAAUGAUUACAGUUUUCUAUGUGGGCAGGAACUAGGUUUCCGAUUAGGCAUCAUGCUUAUUAUUUACCAGUUUCUUUUAUCCUGUUUAGGCCACGCUUGCAGAGCGUCAGUCCGUUUAGACUGAAGUACGUCUAGUAUCUUGUCUAUUUUCGCUGUAUACUUAAGGGAAUGUGAGGGAUCAAACUUUUUACUCAAAAUUUCACAUAGUAAGUACAUAAAUCUGUUCUAAAGAACCAAUGUGUUCUAUUAUAAGUUGGUUUAAUGAUAGUGAAUGCUAAAUAUUUUUUUGUAAUCACCCUAAAAACGUUUUUUUUUUAAUCUCAAAAAGCAAGUCUCAUUUGUGUUAUGUUAGCAAUAUUUGCAUUUGUCUUGGAAAGACGUCGAAUGUAUGAAAUGUAAUGUGAUAUGAUUGUUGCGCAGCCUUGUUAGUACAUUGUAAGAUAAUUUAAGACUUAUUUAUUAAUAAAAGUGAAUAUAAUUCCAAUGCUCGAUUAUAAA